GGGAGACAACCGCCAUGAAGCUCUGGCCCAAGAUGGACAUAUGCUAGAAUCUUCCAGUUCCUGGAGGAAUGAACCCACUUGGACUUAUACCUUCAGCUCGUAGGUCUGUUUCAUCUCGACUGUUGAGGCUUAGCAUCUUUCUGCUGCUUAGCCUCCCUGACUCCAAAGGAAAAGCAAUAUGGACGGCUCAUCUGAAUAUAACAUUCCAGGUGGGAAACCGGAUCAUAUCAGAACUAGGAGAGAGUGGUGUGUUUGGGAAUCAUUCUCCUCUGGAAAGGGCAUCCGGUGCCGUGGUACUUCCUGAAGGGUGGAAUCAAAAUGCUUGUAAUCCCCUGACCAACUUCAGCAGGCCUGAUCAGGCGGACUCUUGGCUGGCCCUCAUUGAACGAGGAGGCUGUACUUUUACGCAUAAAAUCAACGUGGCAGCAGAGAAGGGAGCAAAUGGGGUGAUCAUCUAUAACUAUCCAGGUACAGGCAACAAGGUGUUUCCCAUGUCCCACCAGGGAACAGAGAAUAUCGUUGCCGUGAUGAUAGGCAACCUCAAAGGCAUGGAGCUUUUGCACUUGGUCCAGAAAGGUGUCUACGUGACAAUCAUCAUUGAAGUGGGGAGAAUGCAUAUGCCAUGGCUGAGUCACUAUGUCAUGUCUCUGUUCACCUUUCUGGCAGCCACAGUUGCUUACCUCUUCCUGUACUGUGCCUGGAGACCCCGCGUGCCCAGUUCUUCUACCAGGAGGCAAAGACGGAUAAAGGCUGAUGUGAAGAAAGCUAUUGGUCAGCUGCCACUUCGAGUACUCAAGGAAGGGGAUAAGGAACUAGAUCCAAAUGAAGACAACUGUGUCGUUUGUUUUGAUAUGUACAAAGCACAAGAUGUCAUACGCAUUUUAACUUGCAGGCAUUUUUUCCACAAGACGUGCAUUGACCCCUGGCUUUUAGCCCAUAGGACAUGCCCCAUGUGCAAGUGUGACAUUCUGAACCCUUAAGAAGCUCAAGAUCUUUGCACAGAUUAAAAUUAGAUGAAGUCUUUCACUGCACC